CUUACAACUUCCGUAAAAAAUAGAUUCUAAAUUCUAUCAGUAUCAUCACUCUAUCAUUACUCUAUGAUUAUGAUUUCUAUGUGUAGAUUAGCUCCAUAUUUCUUAUCUAAAUACUUAUAAAUAGACCUCGUCUAGCUUUACUAAGUACAGAUCUAGAUUCUUGUCUUGUCUUUUUUUUAGAAAUGGACACUAUUGUCAAGGAAAAUAUUGAUCCCAAAGAUCUCAAAAGCUUUGAGGUACUGUACAUUGAGCAGCAACGCAGAGGUUAUGUGAGUGAAAAAACACAGUUUGAUUAUGCUUGGUGUCUAGUGCGCAGUAGAUAUAUCUCAGACAUGCAUAAAGGAAUAGAGCUGUUGAAAGAUUUAUUACGUUCAGCAAAAGAUGACUUAAGCAAACGUGAUUAUCUAUAUUACAUAGCCAUUGGAUUUGUCAGGAUAAAGGAAUAUGAAAGUGCCCUAGAAUACACAGAGGCAAUACAAAAGAUAGAGCCUGAAAAUAAACAAGCCAAAGAACUACAGAGCUACAUCAAGCAGAAAUUAAAAUCUGAUGGCUUACUGGGCAUGGCUAUAGUCGGUGGGGCUGCUCUGGCACUUGGUGGCAUUAUUGGGAUUACACUAGCAGUAAAGAAAUGAAGACUGGUUAACACCACAUCACAAAUAUACACAUAGUCAUUCCUGAAAGACCUAGAAAAAAAGACUUGUACUUUCUGCACUGUUUUUUUAGCUUUCAUUCAUCACAUUGUUUAUUGUGAUUUGGUGACUAGAAAUUUGUGAUUUGUGAAUCUAGAAAUUUGUGAUUUGUGAAUCUAGAAAUGAAAAAUGUGUAGCUGGAAGUGGAGGUCUGUGUGUGCAUGUCUUUUUAUUUAUUUAUUUAUUUCUCAAAAUUGUUACUUGUUUUUCCAUGAUGGAAAGUUUUUUAAAGAUAUGAACAUAGUUUUUUGUUUGCUUACAUGUUUCAGAUGUUCUUUCAGAACUGAAGAUUAUUACAUCCUAGCACAAACCUCCCACAGCAUGGGGUAGGGCAAGGUUCAAACCUUGGACUGUCAGUCCAGAACACAUACCUAAUGCCCAUGAUAGAUUUUAUAGAUUGUUGGGUCAAAAAGGUUUAGCUUUAGUAGUUUACUGUGAGAAAGAAAGUUCUGGUUCCAGGGUCUGUAAAAUGUUUGUAAAAUGUUUUACAUCUUUUGGAUGUUCCUUCAGAGUUGAAGAUAAUUUACUUCUUAGUCCAAACCUCCCGCAGGAUGGAGGGGGAUGGGAGCAGGCAGGGUUUGAACCCAGAACUAUCGACAAGUUUGAACAACAGUCCAGCGUGCAAACCGCACAACCAGGCAGCCAUGUCUGGUAGAUACUAGGAGGACAUUCUUUAACCAACGACACAUAAAUGGGCACAUGAUAUCUGUAUGGAGAGUAAUGGUGGUGGGUCAUUGUGCUAAACAUAAACUAUUAGUGUUUUUUUUUAGGGAAACAGAAAGAACUUUUCUAUGCUUUCUCUAUUGACUCGAAAGAGAAACUUGCAUAAAAAUAUAGUUGAGUCACUAUACUCAUCCGAAAUCUAUUUAUUAUCUGUGACAAAGCUAUACAUUUUAAUACAUUUUUUUUUAAUUUGGAUUAUACUUACAUUAAGUCAUGAAUGGGGAAAGCUAUAAUUUGUAAUUUAAGUAUAUGUUUAAAAUAACAAUAAGUAACGUAAUUAUUAAUAUUGCUGAAUUUGUUGCACAUUUAUUAAUAUUGCUGAAUUUGUGUAAAUUUUCUAGAAAAUUAGAAUUCCUCCCCUACUGUUCCUCGCCCAGUCAUCUGCUUCAAGACACACCCUUAUUUUGAAACUAAAAGUUCCUAACUUGCAAUGGCCACAAAAAGUUUUGCAUUUUUAUUAUCAUUCUUAUUGUUUGGUUCUGUUGGGAAAAGACAUGCUAUUUUAUUUUUUUGUUAGAAUCAUGAAUUUUAAAAUUUUUUUUUACUUAUCUAUAUAUUACUGUUUCAAAUAGACUGCAAUAAAACAAUGUCAAAACUCUUUUCCUGUUACAGUAAAGUGUGAAGAAAUAUAAUGAAAAAUGAUGUACAUUUGCAUACCAUAACAGAGACUGUGUAAGAAUUGUUUUGAAUAGGUUUGAACUAAAUGAAAUGUUUGUAUAUUUUGUUAACUUUGGCACAUAUGUCUAAGUAGUGUUGAGGUGUCGACAAUUCUGUUGGGAAGUUUAUGAGUCUGCUGUGAGUUUUAAUUAUAAAUAACACUAACAACAGAAUUAAGAGAAUAAGUUAAUCUUGCUUUUUAUGAAUAUGAUAAUUUACACAAGAAGGGCACAGUCCACUGUCAUGGAAUCUAAGAAAAUAUGUCCUUUCCUAAGCACUACUGUACUAUUUCUGGGCACGACAUGUCGUAAAUUGUGCUAAUGUCAAAAACCUUUAAUAUAAAAAAAUAUAUCUGUUCUAAGUUUUUAAUGUAUCCUCGCAUCACUAAAGAAAUCCCAGAUUAGUCUCAACCUCUAUGCAUCUAACUAUUUAGUCAUUACAGUAUGUAAAGAGAGUUUGAUACCACCAUGAAAUCAAAGCUCACUUUGUAAGGGUUAAGAGGCACCUUUAUAACUUGACACUCAAUCAGCUGUUGUUGAAGCAAUGAUUGGACUUUAAAGACAUAAAGUUAUCACUAUUUCCAUCCUAUAGGACAGAGCAGUUAAACUGUUAGACACUGUACCUUCCCCUUAUAACUUGUAAAGAAUCUUUUUGAAAUUAUCCAAGCUGUUGUUCUUAAAGGAUAUGCUCUAAAUAUGUCAAUAUUUCAUUAAAACUUUAAAAAAAACACUUUACUUUGGUAUUUUUCUUUUUUUUUUUUUAUUGUGAAAUGACAAUAAUCAUGAUAAAUUAUUACAAUAAAUAAUAAUUUUUGUUUGCGCUGAAAGAUGCAUUAGGUAAGAAAUUAAAUAUCUCAAUGAGCUCUGGUGUUCUGCCAAAUAAAGUUUUAAAUCAUUGAAAUAGUUCGUUUCACUUUUUGUUUCCAUUAGUUUUCACUGUGUGAUAAUAAUAUAAAAAAAAAGUUUUUAAAAUCAAUUCCUUCUUUAUAUGAAGCUGAUAGUGGUCAAUCAUUUCAUAUUCUAUUUAUUUUUUCUAAUGCUUCAUUAUUCUAGUGAGGGGCACAACAUGGCCUAAAUUGUGCC